CACGCAUUGACCUUCGUACAUACACAUACAUAAACGUUUAUGUGUGUGAUUGUUUCCGUCAAUGGGUCGGGCCUUAUGCCGGUGGCCGUGCCCUACCGAUCGAUAGUCCCAGCUCUUGUGUGUGGUUGUGCUCCCUCGGUGUGCUGCAUGUCUCAGAUAUCACAUGGAGCUGUGAGGCAGAGAAAGGGCGGGGAUGCCUUUAGCCGCCGUUGGCUAGUCGCCAUUAUUCCCCUUGAGACUACCAACGUAGAUCCCAAAUGACCUGUUAAGGACAAGCAAAUGAACACGAGUCGAGACUUUGGCCCAAGGCACUAAGAAGCCACCGAGUCAAGAUUCAAGACGCACCUGGUUGACCUCACUCUGAAUCAUCGAUGCGUGUGGCCAGAGACAAACACUCUAAUCAGUCAAUAUUUCACGUUCCUCUCAAGUUUCACGUCGGGUCACUCAUAACUGGCUAAGGUGGAGAAACACGAGCGCUGUAUUGGGCGACCAGCUCGUCGACUCGAACAAGGCAGUUUUAAGUCUAUCUCCAGAGUAACUACAGUACCUCUUGGUAAUUACCGUCCCCAGCAAUGCUAGUGAAACGUCCAUCAUCGAUAGCCUCCGCCGUGGCUGGUAACUAACAUACUGCAACUUUAACCAGCUAACCACGCCCCGGGCUCUGGGCCAUUUGAUGUUGGAACAUUAGAUCCAUCUCGUGGAUCAUCGGUUGUUGCAUCGGCAUUCCUGUUGCUGGGUUUUUGUCAGGGUAUAGUAACUGGGGCCGAUUUCGAUAUCGCUGUCGCCCGAGUGUGUAGAUGCGACGGUGAGGUCAGGGGUAGUAUUAUGGCUUCGAUUGCAGGUUCGGAGGUCCAUGUUUCUGUUUCUCUGUGUAGGCUCUAGAGUCACCGAAACUGAUGCUGCUGAAGGCGAAGGAGACUGCAGAUGGGUUUGGUCCAGAAUCUCAGAACGAAACGGAGAUAUUCCUAAGUCUCUGAACGGAACAGGGAAGGGAUCGUUCCGACUAAGAGUGUAGGGAGAGGUGAUUGAUGUUCCAGGCGUCGGAAUGCGAUCGGACACUGAGCGCCUAAGAGUCAUAGGCUUUGUUGCUGAGGCUUCAAUCAUGUCCUUCUUUCGACAAUGUCUCCGGGGGUGAGAGCCACAUUUGCGACAUUGCUUCUCAGCAAAGUCCAGAGGAAUGCUCACAGCUGCGGCGCGGCGACGGUCCAUCUCCGCUGCCAACUGUGUCUUCACCACUGGCCUGGCCAGCCGCUUGAAAUAGCGCCAGCCUGGAGGCUUGUCCAUUCUUCCCUUGACACAUGGCCAACAGAGACACAAGGCAUACUCCUCGCCAAACAAGUGCUCGUAGAUCUGAUCCUUACUAUUGCGGCGGGAGAUCCCCACCUCCUGGUUAUCAGGGGGAUCCGGAAUCAUGUAUAUGAGGCCACCGAAGUAAUUGAUACAGAACCGCUCAUAUUUCUGGGGCGCGAGCUUGUGCGUUCUCCAGACGAGAUGGAUAUCGAAAUCGGUAAAUCGAAUAUGAUCUGGAUAUUCGAACCGCCAGUAUCCGAUCUCCUCUCUGAACUUCUCCAGAGUGAAGAGCCUCCGGUAGCGCUGGAUCGCGGGCUUCAACGCCCGCUCGUUAUCCUCACGGGACACGUAUAUGCGAUGCCAGGAGAACUUGGCAUCUUGUUCUGCGAGGUCAAGUUGACGCUGGACGGUUUUAUGGAAGUCGUAAAAGAAUCUCUGUUGACCUCUUGGCGUCAUGGCGGUAUGGUUCAGUCGCUUCUGGGAGAAUAGUCGAAUCACCUCUUGAGUCAUUUCAUUGGGACUGGCGGAGAAGACAUGAUCUACCGACAUGUUCAUGAGGCUGCAGGUAUCUGCCUCGUGGUACACACGGUUGAUCCUGUCCAUGCACUCCGGUGAAGGCUCAAACAAUCCCUGCCUGUUGCCGUCAAGAGCUCUUAACUAAGAAGAGUUAAUUGCUGAUAUCCUGAACAUCAGAGCAGUCGGCAAUACACACCAAUUCGUCGGGGUUCCACUGAGAAAAGAAUAGUUGAGACUCCUCGAUAAAGUCACCCCAUGCAACUGGGUCUUGCAAGAAUGCAUGCCAUACGAGAAGAACAUCAAGGGGAGGAAUGUCUCUGUUCAGGUCAAUGUGGCCACCAUGCGACGCCUUGAACCAAUCUAGUAGUCGGCGAACGCCCAUAUUGAUGUAGCAUGUCCAUGCUGCGGCUGGAUCAAUCCUAUGCCUCAUGGCCCAG